GCGUCAUCUGGCAAGGCAGUGGGCACCGGGUCACCAGGCACGACAGUGGGCUCUGAGUCAAUUGGCACAACAGCGGGCACCGGGUCAUCAUGUACCAGAUCGUCUGGCUCGACAGCGGGCAUCGGGUCACCAGGCAUGACAGCAGGCACUGGGUCAUCAGGUACCGGAUCGUCUGGAUCGACAGCGGGCACCGGGUCAUCUGGCGCUGGAUCGUCUGGCUCGACAGCGGGCAUCGGGUCACCAGGCAUGACAGCAGGCACUGGGUCAUCGGGCAUUGGAUCGUCUGGCUCGACAGCGGGCAUCGGGUCACCAGGCAUCAGGUCAUUUGGCUCGACAGUGGGCACCGCGUCAUCUGGCAAGGCAGUGGGCACCGAGUCACCAGGCACGACUGUGGGCUCUGAGUCAAUUGGCACGACAGCGGGCACCGGGUCAUCAGGUACCGGAUCAUCUGGCUCGACAGCAGGCACCGGGUCAUCUGGCGCUGGAUCGUCUGGCUCGACAGCAGGCAUCGGGUCACCAGGCAUGACAGCGGGCACUGGGUCAUCAGGCAUGAUAGGAUCAUCAGGCUGGAUCAGUUCAUCAGGCUGGACAGCAGGC